UUCCCAUUCUGUCUUUCUCAAAUGUAGAACGAUGAUCCUCGGUUUAAUCCUCUCUUAUAUCGGGUUUCUUUUAAGGACUAAGAUUUCUCAAACGGCACCUUGUCUGCAUCUCCACUUUUGUUUUAGGUCAACUGACUGCAUUUAUGUGUGACGAACGAUAUACUCCAUAGAAUUCCGCAAUACUUAUAUACAAGAUCUCCUGUAAUCUACAGUGGACACCCGUCAGAUGUCAGCUUAAUUCAUUGGAGCACAUCUUGAUAUAAUAUUAUCAUCAGGAGGUAACCUGCACAAUGCAUUUCCGGCUACUAUUCGCAGUUACAAGUACGCUUCUAGCAUACGUUCCCAUAGUUCCUGCACAUUCAACCUUCGCGGUUUCCCAGCGUAGUGCAGACUCAUUGCCAGAAUCACUUUUCGUCGAUACACCUCCAUCCUAUCUCCGUCCAUACGUGAUCCCUCAUUACGCAUCUGCCCACGCCGUCACAGUUGGUUCGCAGACGUACCGAUUCUACGUUACUGGUCCUUCCUCCAAUUAUGCAUUCACACUCAUGGGGACCAAUGCACCCUACACCACGGCUCUAGGAGUUCUUCCUCAUAUACAUUAUCAUCAUUACGAGAAUUUCUUCACUUACAAGGGCCGUGUGCAAUUGUGGGCACAAAAGGACAAUGCUACUCAACAAUCACGAGUUCUCUACCCGGGCGACUACGGAUCGGUGGUAAGGAAUACGACGCAUACAUUCCAGAUCUUGGAUCCUGAUACCGAACUCGUUGGAGCCAUUGUUCCAGGUGGAUUUGAGGAGCUCUUCUACUAUUUAGGUUCAAACCUUUCUACGACCACGCAUACUCCCUAUGUCCCACAGGCUGACGAUGGCUCCUCUGCGACGGGACCAAAUUCAUCUAUCAUUUCAUCUCUAACAAAGUUCGACGUCCAUGCCCAAUUAGACUUUGAACCUCGACGGGAUGCAAUAAAUGGAACAGCCCCAGCUAGCAAUUGGCACACGGGCAACAACACGCUGACUACUGAUGGUAGCCCUUAUUUCGUCGCAAACGGCUGGGGUCCAAAAUACAUCAACUCGCAGUACGGAUAUCAGAUUGUUCAGCCUCUAGCCACACCAGCCCAGACGCAAGACACGAACUUCACUCUGUCCACUAUUUCAAUCAGCACUACACCAAAAAAUAUUACUAUCCCGCAGUGGUCAUUUCCUGGUGCUGCAGCAUUUCAGGUCCUCGAAGGAAAUCUAAAAAUCCAGAUCGCUCAGUAUCCAACCGCAUCGCUUAGUACUGGUGAUGUGGCUUUCGUUCCUGGAAAUCUGACCUUCAAGUACUGGAGUGGCUCUUAUUUUACCAAGUUCCUCUUCCUCAGCAGUGGAAAGGAGGGUCUGGACCAGAAGUUGAUUCAAACUGGGGCUUUCUACGACUAUGUUACCUUUCCUACUACUUGGUAAUAGGGCAGGUUCAUCGUCAUUGAGAAUAAUAUCUGAAAUGGAUCUGUUUGUAGGCUGAAGCUUAUAAGAAUCGCUCUUUGUAUUGUACAUACCAUGCGGCAUUUUGCCAGAGGAGC